UUAUACACACGUGGGCAUAGUCAAAAUGAAGCAGCUUGCAAGAAAAUACUGUUUUUGGAAGGGCAUUUCCACUGAUAUAGAGCGAAUAGUAAAAUCAUGUCCUAGUUGUGCGGAAGUGAGGAAAAGCCCUCCGAAAGUUGUAACCCAUCAUUGGGAAGAGCCGAUCGAAAAUUUUCAAAGAGUCCAUAUUGAUUACGCAGGGCCAUUUCAAAAUUACUAUUUUUUCGUACUAGUAGAUGCAAAAUCUAAAUGGCCGGAGAUCCGUAUAAUAAGAGAUGCCCCAACUUCUGAAAAGCCAAUAGAUUUAUUACAAGAUAUUUGUGCAACACACGGAUUACCACAAACAAUUGUAUCGGACAACGCAACAAUAUUCCAAAGUGCAAUGUUUAGAAAAUUUUGUUGCGAAAACGGAAUUAUCCAAAAGUUUAUAGCCCCUGGACAUCCAGCAACUAACGGAUUGGCUGAGAGAUACGUCCAAAUUUUGAAAAAGAAGCUAAAAGCGAAUGAUGAUGAAAACGUACCUUUAAAUAUUAAAUUACGAGAAAUCCUUUUUCGCUAUAGGGCAACCCCAUUGGCAAAUGGUCAAAGCCCAGCUCGAAUGUACCUGGGACGUGACCUGAGAAUUAAAUUGGACGCUAUGCGGCCAGUAAAGCAAUUGAAAUCUGCAGUACCUAAUUCCCGAGUUCGACACCUAAGCGUAGGCGAUAGAGUACAAGUGCGGUGGUUUCAGAGGAAUAAACCUGGUUGGAAAUUUGGUGUGGUGAAACGCAAGUUUGGACAUCUUCAUUAUCAAGUAAAACUAGAUGACGGGUAUGAAUUGAAACGUCACAUAAACCAAUUGUACAAAUCUGGUAUUGAUCCACCGAAGAAGACUGUAACGCUUGCGGAACCACCCGUACAACGAAGAUCAAAAAGAGAUGAAAUUCACAUUGAACAUACAGUAACCACUCCGGCUACGCGACCAGCGUCAAUCUCACAACCUACACCAUUAUCAACGCCAGACGAUCCCGUAAGAAGAUCGAGUAGGAUCAGAAGGCCUCCUACACACUUGCAGGACCAUGUUCGCUAUUAAGC